AUGAGUGGCCUUGGAGAGGUGCUGGUGCCGCCUGGAAAGGACAUGUGGCCCACGCUCGCCAUGUGGACUGGGUGUGCGCUGGCAAUUGGCUUCUCCAUGGGAUGGAUGCUGGCCAGCCGGCCUGUCGAGACCGGCGCUUCCGCAAAGCAGCAAGCAACACCACCAGCCGCAGGGGCACUGGUUCCCGAGGACGACGCAGGGGAGGUUGCCAACGAGGACCAGAACAGUGAGCUGAAGCUGGUGCUGGGAGUGCGCCACGAUCUGAAGAUGAAGAAGGGCAAGGUUGCUGCUCAGUGUGCGCAUGCUGCUGUGGCAGCCUACAAGAACGCCAAGAGGAGUGUUCCAGACCUGCUGCGUGCAUGGGAGAUGGACGGCCAGCCAAAGAUCACGGUCAAGGUUCCGGAUGAGGACGCCAUGUAA